AAGCCUUCCACUACCAGAUGUUCAAAAUGUCAUCGAAUAUAUUAUUGCUCUGGAAAAUGUCAAAAAAAAGAUUGGAAAAAGCAUAAAGAGUUGUGUAAGAGCUCACCAGUUAUCAAUGUAAAUGAAACUAUCGAUCAAACUAAAGUUUCCACUUUUCCGCCUCAAAUGCUUGAGUUAUUAAGUGACAUGAUGGAUAGGACUAACUUUGAGGAGAAUUGGAAUGUGCCUAAUUUUGGACAAGAAUAUGCCACAAAAUAUCCAAAUGAAAGGAAGAGAAUUCAAUUUCUUGAAUCUUCUAAAUCAGCAUUAGAAUGUAUGCAAUUCGAAGAUAAGUUCAUAGAAAAUGAUUUUCAAAUAUCUGAUCCCUCUUACUUAAUGAAAAGGUGGAAUGAAUUAUCAGAUAAACUCAUAAAAUUUCUCUCAUCUCCAAGAGAAAUUGGUGACAUAUUCACUGGAAAAACAAAAAAUCCCUAUGUUGGAGACAAAGGAGUUGGUGCUCUAAGCUUUAGUAACACGCCAAAGCCACGUUUUUUACUUGAACAAGGAAAAGUUCAUAUUGCAGUUGGAUUUGUUGACUUGGAUUUACUUUUACGAGCUAAAAUUCAACAAAAUGAGAGAUUAGUAAAGAAAUCAAUUAAAUUUAUGGAUACGAAGGAUCUGUUUAUGCUGUAG